CCCAGUGAAAGGCGAGAGUGGAUAUAGGUUUGCAAGCAAGCACUCCCAUCCCACUAAUUCAAAGGAUUGUAGCUAACAAGCUAGCUACGCAACGCAGGUAGGAGUGGCUGGCGCAAUCUUUACACUAACUAUGGAGCCCUCCGAGCAGCAGCAGCAGACGGGCCCAGGCUCUGGCUCUCAGGAGGUCAACCCUGUGUACCUGCAGCAGCUGCGAGAGCUGGACAUCCCUGAGGAGGCUGCCAAGCAAGCACUCUUGCACACCCGAAACGUGUCUGCUGAGGAGGCUGCCAUGUACUACUUUAACAAGCUGGAGAAUGAGGAGGAAGGAGACGACGACCUCAUGUUCAAGAUGGUGUUUGUGGUGAAUAUGGACCUGGCCAUGGGUGUGGGAAAGCUGGCUGCGCAGGUGGGCCACGCAGCCGUGGGGCUCUACCAGGCCCUGCAGGAGAAGAACAGCUGGAGGGAGAUGGCCUGGAAGUGGGACCAUGGCGGGGCGAAGAAGGUGGUGGUACAGGGGACCAACAUGGCCCACCUUUUGGAGCUGCAGGCCCUGGCCAUGAGCCUUAGCCUGCCCACAUACCUGGUCCAGGAUGCCGGACGCACCCAGGUGGAAGCCGGCUCACGCACUGUCCUGGCCAUUGUUGGAGAGGAGGAGAUGGUGAACAAUGUCACUGGAAGUCUGAAGCUGCUCUGAGGGACUAAACCAGCUGUGGAGGUGCAGGGCUGUGCAAUGCCACAGAGGCAACCAGCAGAGGGCAGCAUCCCCCUAAAAGCAGAAGGGUCUCAGCAUGCAAGCGCAACAAUGUAACGAAAAAAAAGAAAAAAAAGA